CCGUGUAAAGGGGAAAAAAACAUGCUUGUCACACAUGUUCAAAGUUUUUAAACUUGUUUAAUUUUUCUGCUGGUGUGUGACACAAAUUUGAUCGUGUAAAGGGCUGCUUGAUGCACGCAGUAUAUUUUUUCAGUCGAAAAAAGACAGUGAACAAAAAUGGUGUCGCGCAUGAACGAACAAUUUUGGAAAGAGUUCUUUGAACUCUAUAGAAGUUUUCCAGAACUGUGGCAAGUAAAAAGCGAGUGCUACAAAAACAAAAACAAAAAGAAUGCAGCUUAUGAAGUGCUUCUAACAAAACUAAGAGAAAUUGAUAGUAACGCUAGUUUAGACAAUUUAAAGUGUAAAAUUAAUUCAUUACGGUCAUCUUACCGCCGCGAAUUUAAAAAGAAAAAGCGAAGCGAAAAAUCUGGCGCUGGUGUGAAGGACAUAUACGUACCUACGUUGUGGUACUUUGAUGACCUCUCUUUUUUAGAGGACCAGGUGCAAUUAAGCGGCUUCUCUUCAAUCAAAAUUGAGGAGAAUGAAGAAGAUAUUGUUGAAGAAAAUCGAACACCUUCUGCAAAGAAAUAUAAAAAAGAUUAUAGCCGAAAAGAAAGGAGUGAGUUGCUAGCUAAGGCAGUUGAAGUUCUUGAUAAUUCAAACCAACAGAAGGACGAUGCAAGCACACUUAGCUCAACGUGGGAAUUGCUUUUCAGAAAACUUUCUUCCACACAACAACUCUUUGCCAACAAAGCAAUAGUGGAAGUUUUAUAUCAAAGAGCAUUGGAACGCUUGGAUGAAAACUCCUACAAAUUAUUCGAAAAGAAAACGACACAGCAUGGCUUUCCACCACGAUCAUCUUCAACACCAUUUUUUUCGAGCGAUACUUCAUCAGCAGCUUCACAAUAUUUUGUUUCCACACCGCUGCAAAGUCCUUAGCUUAUAUCACUUCAAUCCCAUGCGCACAAACUCCAGCCAUCCAGAGCAGUCAUCACUCUACAACAGUCAAGUCAUCACUCUGGACCACAACAACCUCAGUUUAUACCUGCAAUCAACAUAAAUUCGCAUGCGAAUGGAAACAACCUUGACGCGACCACAAAAUAUAGCAAUUUUAAUGAAUUAUUCACCGAUUCAGAUUAUACUUAACUUUUUUGAAAUGUAAUUAUUUUAAGUAUAGUUUAUAAGCACUCAUAUUCCUCCCUUUAUGGCUUUAGUCUUUUACAUUUUGAAAAAUGUCUUAUGUUUUUUGUUGAAUAAUACAUACAGAAAUAAAAUCCUUGAGUACUUUUACUAUU